AUGGCCGACGUUAGCAACACAUCUGAAAAGAAAAAGAUAAAAAGUUUUAAUUUCACUGCUACUGAAAUAAGUGUUCUUGUGGAACAGUAUGAAAAGAAUAAAGAAACAUUAAAGGUAGUGAAGAAGCCAGAAAAAAGGCUUGAAGUUUGGCAACAAAUUGCCAAAGAAGUAUGUAAUGUUGGUGUUACAAUAAGGACAGCAUCACAGAUAAGAAACAAAUGGGAUAAUUUGCAAAGAGAAGUAAAAAAAAAGAUGAGGUUGUUAGGAAAAGGUCGAUUGCUGCAACAGGAGGUGGACCCCCAGAAAAAAAAUGUGGAGAACUGCACAACAAAGUUGUCGAGUUAUGUAAGGAUCAGGCUUCUUUCAGUGGGAUCCCUGGUGGACUGGAGACAGUCAUUGAUCUUGAAUGAAUGCAAACUAGCUACAUGCACCAGUAACACGAGUCAAAAGAAGAAGAAGUCAAUCUCCGAGGAGCUCCAGGAGGCUCAACUACAGUUCUACAUUUCCCAGACAGAGAAGGUGCAAAUACAGAAACAGCUCAUAAAGGAAGAGAUAGAAACUUCAAAAACCAAACGUCUGCUGAUGAACAAGCUCAUCACCUCCAUAGAUAAUAAAGACAAAGACGAAAUUGGAAUGUUUCAGUUCCUCGUUGAUGAAUAA